UUUGGGUUUGAAAUGAAGCCCUUAACAUUAAAGAUAGAACUAAAAUUAAACCCACCACAUCCCUCCUUCAAAACACACUUUUCUCUCAUUUCUUAUCUGAAAAUACACAACACUACCAAACAGAGUGCCAUUUUCAGCCUUAAAACUCAGUUCAUCAUCUCCCAUGGCUUUCUCCUUAACUCUACCAAAUCCUCAAACCUUCUCAUGCUUCUCUUCUUUCUCUAAAACUACAAGAAAUAUCGAUUUUCGACGUCGGGUAAUCAUAAGAGCAGAAGCUAAGAGUUCACAAAAGCUCACAGAAACUAAAACUCAAGAUAUAUCCAAUGAUCAGCCUCCCCCUAAGAAGCUCUCAAAGCCUGUUUAUUCAAUGAAGAAAGGUCAGAUUGUAAGCGUGGACAAGGAGAAGUAUCUUAAUAGUAUCAAUUAUUUAUCUGUUGGACAUCCUCCAUACUAUAAAGGGUUAGACUACAUUUAUGAAGAUCGUGGAGAGGUUUUGGAUAUGCGCAUCUUUGAGACAGGGGAACAUGCACUCAUUUCUUGGGUUGGAAUACCAACAUCACCAGCUUGGCUUCCUACAGAUAUGCUUAUUAAGUCUGACAAACUGGACUAUGAAAGGAUGUGAUUCAGUUGCACAAAAUCAUCAUACAACAUUUCCUUUCUCCAAAGAAUUUACCAAAUCAAUGUAGUUUGUUAUGAGCUCAUUUGUACCUGAAGUCAUUCACAUAACAGCUAAUCUCUUAGAGAUUGUCUCUUUGAGAGAUGUAUUUCAAGCCCUGUCCAUUAAAAAUUGAUGUCUACUUACCAUAUUCUUAAUGUUUACUUACAUUAUCUUUAAUGCUUA